AUGCUUCCAUGUGAUGAUGACGACGUCAGCAAGCACGAAGCCAAAUUGGAGCAAAUUCACAAAGCUUUGGUUACCAAGGAGCCUCACCGUGCAUUGACUGAUGACAGCAAAGAAAAUGAACCAAGCUUGUUUUAUCUCAAUGAGGAUCCCGUUUGUUUACGCAUACUACGGGAAAGAGAAGGUCCCAUCCAGAACGUAUUCGCGAGACCCUUUGCUUCCCCGGCCAAGCACGGCGAUGUGUUCGAGUUCGACAGCAGCGAGUGCAAGCACUCUAAUGACUCAGAAUCGCGACCUAUGUCAGCGACUUCGAUGUACUCAUCAUCCAGCAGCAGUCGUCCCUGCAGUGCGCUUUCUGGAUCGCACACUCCUAGCCUCAGUCGACGAAGAAGACAGCGACUGCAAAAGCUACGCGAAGCCAUUAUCGCAUGCCAUGCUGGAGAAGACGACGAGGAAUUCGUGCCUCCUGUCGCCGACAUGGAGUCCAGUGAGGCAGAGAACACUCCCAAAAUGAUGUUAAGACCUCGUCGAGAGCUGUGGAAUACUGAUGAUGAUCUGGCACUAGCUGAUAUUCAGCUGCAAGUGGUUUUGGAAAAAUCGAAGAAGGAUCUUGGAUCGUUUGAUGCUUGUAGCGGGUCGAAAUCAUCGAAGAUUAACGUUCCUGAACGGUACGACGAUGACGAUUUCGCUUUUCUUCCAAGUGCAGACUUAUGCACUCCAAGAACCAGAUCAAAACGAACUUCCCUGGGCGAUUCGAAUUCAGUACCAACAGACAAGCGAAAGCGAAAACGCCAUAACGCAGUCCUUGUCAGCAAAGAUCAGCGUGGUUCUGAUGCAGAUGAGGAUUUACCACUGUCUCACUUCGUGGCUUCGAGAUCUGGUACUGCUGGACAAAAUGGAAGUCGAAGCAUGUCUAGAAAGAGAAAACUCUCAACCAACUACGAUGAUGAUGAUUACAAAGCACCCUAUACAGACGCGCCAUUGUCUGAAAUCCGUCGCCGUUAUCGUUCCAUGCGUCGACGAGACGGCUUGAAGCAAAGAAAAAUUGACUAUUCAGAUAUGGAUUGGGAUGAUUGACUGAGGACAAAAGCCUUUCGUAAAUGAUGAACUCUGUGACAUGAUUGUCUGGAAAAAUGUCGUUGUGCUAUUUGGAACUCUCUAAAUCGAUUUGACGUAAUAUUGUAAAUGCCUUGUUUGAGUUUUCUGCGUGUUUGAUUUUGGGGUAACUACCAUUUCGCUUGCAUUCAUGGUUGCUCAAGAUACUCUCAUAAUCGUUUGAUUUUCCCUUGAAUCUCUGUUUCCUUUUUGACUUAUUGUCAAUAAAUGCUUGUCCAAUC